GCCGAAGUGGCCAGUCGCGGUCGCCAUUUUGUCGGGUAGUCAUCGGGAACGUCGUGUAUCUUUCGGGUUGCUGUAAAUUUUUGAACAAGCAUCGCCGAAAAAUUUGGGGUCCGGCACGUUCGUUCGCUACCCCAAAUGGCUUGUUUGAACACACUUAAGCAGGAGAUCAAAACUCUUGAGUCCGUCUUCCCUAAGAGCCAUGAGAGAUUUCAGAUAAUGUCUGCGAGUGUGGACGAACUCAGCUGCAGGUUCGUCGGUAAAAAUGGGAAGAAAUACGAAAUACACGCCAAUAUUACAGAAACUUAUCCUUCUACACCACCAGUAUGGUUUGCAGAAUCAGAGGAAACAAGUGUUACGAAUGCAGUACAAAUUUUGAGCACUACUACAGGCCGUGACAACCACGUCAUUAAUCAAGUUGGGAUUCUCUUAAAAGAAUUAUGUAGACUUCAUUCAUUACCUGAACCACCAGACGUUGAGCGGCUAAGGACAGCAUUGGACCCCUUGCGCUUAGGAGCAUCAAACGAAGCUGCUGCGCAAAGGAUGGAAGCUGAAGAUGCUGAGGAUAUUGACGACGACGAAGAAAGCGAUGCUGAGGAAGAUCUCCACUUAGAUAUGGACGAAGGAGACGCCAACGCGAAGAACAAGGGUGAAGAAAUAGAGUUAGAACAUCUUGCGACAUUAGAAAGGUUGAGACAGAAUCAAAGACAAGAUUACUUAAAGGGAUCUGUCUGUGGCAGUGUGCAGGCCACAGAUAGACUGAUGAAAGAAUUGCGGGAUAUUUAUCGAAGUGACAGUUUUAAAAAAGGGAUGUACAGCAUAGAAUUAGUAAAUGACAGUUUGUAUGAAUGGAAUGUCAGGCUGAUGUAUGUUGAUCCUGAUUCACCUCUACACAGCGAUCUUAUACUUUUGAAAGAAAAGGAAGGCAAAGACAGUAUUCUGCUUAACAUGCUGUUCAAGGAAACAUACCCGUUUGAACCACCGUUCGUCAGAGUUGUACAUCCUAUGAUCUCUGGCGGAUACGUUCUUAUAGGAGGCGCUAUUUGUAUGGAACUUCUAACGAAACAGGGUUGGAGUUCAGCCUAUACAGUGGAAGCAGUGAUCAUGCAGAUUUCAGCGACCUUAGUGAAGGGAAAAGCACGCAUACAAUUUCAGGCACCCGGUAGCGCUAGUAAAGUCUGUGGACAAGGUCAAUACAGCCUAGCACGUGCACAACAAUCAUUCAAAUCUCUUGUACAAAUACAUGAAAAGAAUGGUUGGUUCACCCCUCCAAAAGAGGAUGGCUAAUGAAUAUGAAUCACUGGAAAAGCAAAGUUUGACGCGUGCUUACAGCUGAGACUUUAAUUCGGUGUGUGCCCAACAAAAUAAUUGUUACGAUAAUGAUUUGAUACACAAACCACAACAUUAACUAGGUAACUUAAGGUACUGAAUUAAUCUAACGCGUAAUUCCUUUGACGACUGAGAAGGCUGCCGCGCAAACAGUGAAGUGUUUGAUUCUGUAUGCAUAGAUUUUUCAGUAAUUAGUGAUUAGAGAUCGUCAGUCGCAUUUGUGAAUGUGAGAUAUAAUUGUUUUUAUCUGGAAUUGAUUCUUACGUUCGGAAUUACUAAGGAUCGUAAUUAUUCCAAGCAACAUUAAUCUUAGUUCCCUUUUGUGAGUACGCAUAACUGUACGUACGUACGAAACAGUGUAAAACAUUCUGUGAGAUGCGUUUGCGCAAUCCGUGCUUCCUGUCUUUCAACGGGGGGAACACGACGAUUAGCAACUUAGAUAGUUAUAUUGAAAAUUUUUCUAAGUGUUUUUUCUUUUUUCUUUUCUUUUUUUAAUCAUCGUGAGCUUUCAUUCGUUCCAUCUUGUAUUUUAAUUCUUUCAUUCACUGUGCAAUUCAUAAGUAAGUUUGUUGGGUAUAUGCAUAUACUAAACGAAGUAAAAAGUAAACGAAUCUAAUCUGAGAAUAGCGAUGUGUCUGGGGGUAAAGUGAGUUUUGCUAUUACCGUUUGUAUUUAUUCGAUGCUUUCAUUCAUCGAUAACAUGAUUAGAUAAUGUGAACGAGCACACAACUAAAUCACUACCUGCAAAAGUACCUUGAGAUAACGCAUGAUCGUAAGAAAAUUAAUAUUGCAUACAAUGAGGCUUUAGAGUAUAGAGUACUAAUUAUAAUUCUUUACAUGUAAUUUUCACCACACCGUAUUGAGGUCGGACACAUUUUUUUACUUAUUACUAAUUUUGCUUCGAAAUUUAACCAAUACAUCUUUCUUCAACGACAUAUUCUUCAUGUAUUGUUAGAUAUUGAAAUAAGUAGAUGUACAUAUUUCGACUGCAUUUUGUUUUCUAUUCCUUAACUAUUGUUCGUUAUUUUAUAGAUUUUAUUUGAAAUUGCAUUCUGCAACGAGAAUUUUUAUGCUUAAAUUUUGUGAAAAUUCUUACACAUGAAGAAAACUCGUAUAGCAAUAUUAGGUAGUACGUAUUUCCUUAAUGUAACUGACUAUAAAAUAGUUAAGGGUUGUAUAGAUGUACAUAUACACAUUCAUGUGCUGACGAUGACUCAAUCGUAAUUCCCCUCCGGAGUUCAUGCUUUUCUUUUCUCAAAUCGGACAAUAGGCAUACGCAAAGUAGAAGAGAGGUUUAGAUUUGGUUGUGUGACUCGUUUGAUAACGACACACUUUUGUUACAUUGUCUACGAAGUGAUGAUGCGUUUGAGAUUGAUAUGGAAGUUUGGUCUACGCAUUGGGCGUAUGCCCGAGCGAACUUUUAGUGAUAAUUCUAUAUGCAUGUAUAUACAUACAUGUAUAUGUAUAUAUACAUAUUAUGACAUUUGUUUGCAACUGAAGUUCUAUUUACAUGGCGUAAUCAACCGUAAAACUUGCGCGACCGAGCGUCGAAAUUUCUCUGUGCCACAGUAGACGUUAACACCGGCCAGUUAAAAGAACCGCUAUGGCGUAACGAGUUAACACACGUACAUUAAAGGCACGAUUAGGAUGGCAAAAACGAAUUAACGCUUCUUAAAAAAGAAAAGCAAAUUACAUACACAUGUAUUAUUGCACAUGUAUUUGAAAUUUAUGAGACUAUGAUAUCUCCGUGCGUCUUUCUUCGUAAAAACAUUUUUCUUCUAUCUGAACAAAUCUCAUUCCCCUGUCUAUAAAGAAAAAGCAAAAAAAAAAGAAAGAAAAUGUUGCGGACUUCCGUUCUUUUUCACGAUAACAUCAUCCCUAGCUAACAGCCGUAGUAAAUAAAUUAUCGUCGCUGUACGACAAGAUUGAUGGCCAAACUAUUGCAUAUAUACUUUUAUUAACAAGCGAAUUUUUACAUUUCUAAAAAAUAAUUCUUUUCGUACUUGUACUCGAGAUAUUUUGAUUUCACUCCCAGACGUCUACACGACACGUUUCGUACAUACAUACAUACAUACAUACAUACAUACAUACACAUACGCAUACAUGUACAGACGUACGUAUACGGAUACGUACAUAUGUACAUUAUGCAUACAUAUAGCCGAAGGAAAUAUAGAGUAAAUCUUAUGAAACAGCGGGAUUGCUGUCCAUCACACCUUUAACAGAAGAGGCUCUGAUGACAUACUGUAAGCCCAAUUGCCAUUGUAUUUUUCAGCUAUUUAGUUUCUUCCAAAUUGUUCUUAUGUAUUAAUUACGUACAAAUUAAUUCAAAUUUUCUGCGAAUAUUUUGUAGAUUGAACGUUUUGCUAUUUGCGGCUUUAAGUAUUUCUAGAAAUUUUGAAAAAUGCAUCGACAUGUUAGUGAAUACUGAAAUCCUUUAUUUAUACGAUGAAGGGUGUUCCGCAACAGGUACGCCAGGUUUAGAGUAUGCUAUCAUGACCUGUUUUGUUAAAACUGUGAGGGGAAGAAACCUCGCUGUUUUUUUCGAUAAUUGCUACACUUUUCCCUCAAUUAUAUGUACAAAUAUACACUACAUUAUACACACGUGCAUACAAGCACAUACAAUUGGUACAGACACAUACAUUCACUCACAACGAGGAGGAGGGAAAGAGAGAGAGAGAGGGAGAGAGAGAAAAAGAGAAAGAGAUCUAUCUCACAUAACAUAAUACAUGUACAUGCGUGCAUAUUAUGCAUUCAUAAUACAUGUUCUGAUUCGUGUAUAUAAAUAUACAUAUUCCGUUCCUUUUGUUUCAUCUUCGUACGUUGUAACAAAUUUUGAUCCAUCAGUUGAUGAGUAAAAGGCAAAAUGUUUGAAUGAUAGAAUAAAUUUGUUCACUUUCAUCUCGCCUUAAUGCAGGAAUAGUUUGUGGGCAUGGAUCGUCACUGGAGGAAAGUUCGACGAAGAAUAUACUUAACGUCUGUUGAAAUGAUAAUGCAGCUGAUUUUUUAAUUCAUGCGUCUCUGUAAGGUUUUUUCCAGUAAAGAACGGUACGAAGAUGAAACGGUUCAUAUGUUAUUGGCAAUAGCGCAUGUACAAUGCAUUCAUAAAUAACAAUUAUUGGAAUAAUAAGCGAACUAGCUAUUGGUCAAUAGUUUCUUUUCUCGUGGUGUAAUUAAAGAAAAAUGAUAAAAAAAAACAAAAACCGUUUGUGAAAUUCGUGCGAGCAGUAUCGUAAUAAAGUUUAGAGUCUUAAGUAUAGAAACCCAAUCAAUGAGCUCAUUGUCAGCGGGCAUCAAUGAUUUGUACAGCCACGUCCGACUGACUUUGAGCGUUGGUUGUCUCGACGUCGUUAUCCGUUAUGUUCUUCGUCAAAGAAAAAAAAAAAACAGUUGGAAAAAAGAAAAAGAAAAAAUACUUUCAUUUCUCUCGCGUCUGUUAAGUUUUCUUUCCUUUUAAGAUUUUUGCGAAGCGUAUAUUGUAAGCAGCCACGUGGCCUGUAUAUUUUUGCUACAGAUAUCGUUAGUAGUACCAUUUUUAAAAAUUUAAAGGUUCUUGCGUUUCUGUCUUCUUAUUAUAAUUAUAAUUAUUAUUAUUAUAAUUCUUUUUUAUUCAUUCGAUGUUCUUAAAAAAGAAAAAAAAAACGAAAAAAAUACUGAUAAAGUGCUGAUGUAACACAAUCUAUUACAAAGCGGAUUAUAUUUAAUGGUUUAUAUCAAUUACAGUAAGUCGAUAUGAAUUUUUCUCAGCUGUUUAAUAAAACGAAUACCUUGGUAGAUGCAAAAGUAACGGGAAUUUAUCGUAAAGAAAUGGAAGUACUGAAUAUUGAAUAAGCAUUUUUUAUCUGACCGAUCAAUAUUCAAUAAAGUAUAUGAAUACUCAAAUCUAAUUCAUCGUUUCAAGGUCUGUUUCAAUUUUCCUUUCUUUUAUGUUACGUAAAUGGUAUACAUACGUACACUUGUUGAAAGGUAGGAUUUCGGACAGGGCAAUCAUGAUAAUUAAAAACAGAAAAUGUACUUUCAAUGGUACAUUUCUUCUGUUAUGAAAUUAUGGAAAAUUCUCUUCACUCUUGCAUCGACGUUGUAACUUGAUUUUUGAUAAAAUAUAUUUUGCUUUGAUUUUGCUUGAUCGGAA